CCGUUCAUUUUUCCAAAUGGUCAUGUAGUCCACCGGAGAUUUUCUGCUCCCAUCCCCACCACCAAAAUCAAAGCAUUGGUACCUCAAAGAACUAAACAAUCAAAGUAGUUUUGUCCUUCUCUGUGGCCGUUUCUAACGAGUGACGACAGAUAAUUACGUAUUCACUUCACCAGUUCAAGGAGUGGAGGAGACUAAUGAAUUCUAUUUAGUUCCAACUUCCACCUGCCCUUCAAAAUAGUAUUCGAAACCCACUAAAGAAAAGGAAAAUGGUGGUCGUCUCCGGCGCCGACGAAGUUUCAGGCUUUAUCUCUCCAACUCCGAGUUAUGACCGAAUAAAAGAGCUAAGGGAAUUUGAUGAAACCAAAGCAGGUGUGAAGGGUCUCGUCGACAACGGUGUGGAUAAGGUCCCUCGUAUCUUCGUCCACCCACCCGAAGCUCUCCAUGACCUGCCCUCUCAUCUGGGUUCUACACACAGACGCCGUCAGACCCAUCUGACGAUUCCAGUCAUAGACCUCCUGGAAGCCACCACUAGUCGACGGAAGGAAGUAGUGGACAAAAUCCAGCAAGCAUCAGAGACAUGGGGUUUCUUCCAGGUGGUGAAUCAUGGUAUUCCUCAGAGUGUGUUUGAGGAGCUGCUGGAAGGGGUUCGAAGGUUCUACGAGCAAGACACAGAGAUCAAGAAACAAUAUUACACUCGCGAUCUCAUGGGUAAGGUCUUCUACACCAGCAAUUUUGAUCUCUAUAGCUCUCCUGCUGCCAAUUGGAGGGAUACCCUGUAUUGCAUUAUGGGUCCUCAACCUCUGGAUCCUCAAGAGUUGCCUCUCGUUUGCAGAGAGAUAUUGAUGGAGUACUCGAAGCAAGCAAGUAAGUUGGGAAUUGCUUUGUUUGAGUUACUGUCGGAGGCUCUGGGGCUUAACCCCAAACACUUGAUAGACAUGGGUUGUGCAGAGGGUCAUACUCUUCUCGGUCACUACUAUCCUGCCUGCCCUCAGCCUGAACUUACUCUCGGCACUACUAAGCAUUCAGACAAUGAUUUCCUCACUGUACUUCUGCAAGACCAAAUCGGUGGACUACAAGUUUUUCAUCAGAACCAAUGGAUUGACGUUUCCCCCACACCUGGAGCUCUCAUCAUUAACAUCGGGGAUCUUCUGCAGGUGAUUUCUAACGAUAGAUUUAAGAGCAUAGAACAUCGAGUGGUGGCUCACAGCAUAGGCCCAAGGCUUUCAGUGGCAUGUUUCUUCACCACAGGUGUUCAAUCAUCGACAAGGGUUUAUGGACCCAUCAAGGAGUUGUGUUCAAAAGAUAACCCACCAGUCUAUAGGGAAACCACCGUCAAAGAAUAUACCGUUUACUUCAGAGAGAAGGGACUUGAUGGUACCUCUGCUUUGUCACAUUUCAAGCUGUGAGAUGUAAAUACUUCCUUUUAAAGACCAUGAUUGUACUGAUAGCUCUUAGGCAAGCAUAAGCAAAAUGUAGCUUUUGUUUUUUUGGGAGGGGGAAGAAUUUCUGUACCAGGUUGAGCUCCACCAUAUAUGGGAAGUUACUAAAAUUUGAAUUUGGGUGAGCUGUGGCAGUAUGGGUAUGCUGCCAAUUUAUUCUCUGUUCCUGAAUUUUCACUCACUAAUCGGUUCCUGACUGUUAUGGUAAAAGCUUCAUGGCCGCUUCUCUUCCUCCUCCUCCUCCUCCUUUCUCUCUCCCAGCCCUACCCCAAAGAUCGUCUCCACCCCAUCUGGUGCAAAAAUUACCGUGUCAGAAUGGAAUCUGUACUUUGUCCACGGAUGAGAAAACUUCAAGGUAUUGUACAGAGCUCCCAAACUCCUUGCAGAGGCAGGUGACCUGUUCAAGCAUGUCUGGAUUCUGGAGGAUACUAGGCCUCGAGCUUAUCAUCUCACAGAGGUUGGAGAAUUUAAUACCUAGUUGCAGAAGGCAUUCAAACCUUUCCUGCAAUACGACGCUUGCGCCCUGCAAUAAAGACAAGACCUUCAUGGUGGU